CUCCUCCUCCGCCAUCAUCCGCCGCCGUGCGGAGAGCAGGUGGUGGCAGAGACGCGGUGACGAGCAGCCCCGGCAGGGCGGGUAGACUGGAGGGCCGGGCGUCGGGGCCGCUGGACCUGGAGGUGGCGACCCCGACCUGACCUGACCCGGACCCUAAAUUGCUCCCCGCCCGGCCGAGCAGACGCGCGCGCUCGGGUCGCCCCACGCGGCGGUGCCGCCUAUUCACGUUUGCAGAUCUCCAGGGGAGCCCACCGUUGUGACCAACAUGGCCUCUGAAGACAUUGCCAAGUUGGCAGAGACACUGGCCAAAACCCAGGUGGCUGGGGGACAACUGAGUUUCAAGGGCAAGAGCCUCAAACUCAACACUGCAGAAGAUGCUAAAGAUGUGAUUAAAGAGAUUGAAGACUUUGAUGGCUUAGAGGCUCUACGUCUGGAGGGCAACACAGUGGGCGUCGAAGCAGCCAGGGUCAUUGCCAAGGCCUUAGAGAAGAAGUCGGAGUUGAAGCGGUGCCACUGGAGUGACAUGUUCACGGGGAGGCUGCGCUCCGAGAUCCCAGCAGCUCUGAUCUCUCUAGGGGAGGGACUCAUCACAGCAGGAGCCCAGUUGGUGGAGCUGGACCUGAGUGACAAUGCGUUUGGGCCUGAUGGUGUGCAAGGCUUCGAGGCCCUGCUCAAGAGCUCAGCCUGCUUCACCCUGCAUGAGCUCAAGCUCAACAACUGCGGCAUGGGCAUCGGCGGUGGCAAGAUCCUGGCUGCAGCUCUGAUCGAGUGUUACCGGAAAUCCAGUGCCCAAGGUAAGCCACUGACCCUGAAGGUCUUUGUGGCUGGCAGAAAUCGGCUGGAAAACGAUGGAGCCACUGCCUUGGCAGAAGCUUUUGGGAUCAUCGGGACUCUGGAGGAGGUCCACAUGCCACAGAAUGGGAUUAAUCACCCUGGUGUCACUGCCCUGGCCCAGGCUUUUGCCAUCAACCCCUUGCUGCGAGUUAUCAACCUGAAUGACAACACCUUCACUGAGAAGGGUGCGGUGGCCAUGGCAGAGACCCUGAAGACCUUGAGGCAGGUGGAGGUGAUCAAUUUUGGGGACUGCCUGGUGCGCUCCAAGGGUGCCGUUGCCAUUGCAGAUGCCAUCCGUGGGGGCCUACCCAAGCUGAAGGAGCUGAACCUGUCAUUCUGUGAGAUCAAGAGGGAUGCUGCACUGGCGGUUGCUGAGGCCAUGGCAGACAAGACCAAGCUGGAGAAGCUGGACCUCAACGGCAACACCCUUGGAGAAGAAGGCUGUGAGCAGCUUCAGGAGGUGCUGGAUGGUUUCCACAUGGCCAAGGUGCUGGCAUCCCUCAGUGAUGAUGAGGACGAGGAUGAAGAGGAAGCAGAGGAGGAAGAGGAAGGAGAUGAAGAGGAGGAGGAGGAGGAAGAAGAGGAGGAGGAGGAGGAGGAGGAAGAACCACAGCAGAGAGGGCAGGGAGAGGAGUCAACCACACCCUCAAGGAAGAUUCUGGACCCUAACAGCGGGGAGCCAGCUCCUGUGCUGACCUCCCCACCUCCUGCAGACGUCUCUACCUUCCUGGCCUUCCCCUCCCCAGAGAAGCUGCUACGCCUUGGGCCCAAGAGCUCCACAUUGAUAGCCCAGCAGACUGACACAUCUGACCCAGAAAAGGUGGUCUCUGCCUUCCUAAAGGUGUCAUCUGUGUUCAAGGACGAAGCCACAGUGAGGACGGCAGUGCAGGAUGCAGUCGAUGCCCUGAUGAAGAAGGCCUUCAGCUCACCCUCCUUCAACUCCAACGCCUUCCUUACCAGGCUCCUCGUGCACAUGGGUCUGCUCAAGAGUGAAGACAAGAUCAAGGCCAUCGCCAACCUGUAUGGCCCCCUGAUGGUGCUGAACCAUAUGGUGCAGCAGGACUACUUUCCCAAGGCCCUUGCACCCCUGCUGCUGGCGUUCAUGACCAAGCCCAACGGCGCCCUGGAAUCCUGUUCCUUUGCCCGCCACAAUCUGCUGCAGACGCUGUACAAGGUCUAAAUUUGAAGCUUUUCCCCAUCCCCUGGGGCACAAAUGGGAUGAACUGAGCUGCGGCCCACGUCCUUCUGUUGGACAGGACUCUGGCCAGAGGCAGGGAGAGUCUUUGUCUCGAGUGUCUUGUUGGUCUCCUGAGUAUAUGUGUUGGUGUGGUUCAUGUGCUUCCUGUCAGGAUUUGGGUUUUUAAUGUCUCCCUGCUGGCCUGACCCUGGUCUGCUGCAGGGAGUUGGCCUUGGGGGAAAGGGCUGUGAGCUGCUCUGCCAUUAAAACUCGCCACCAUCUGAGAGCGCUCCGCUGAUCUCUGCCCCUGAACGCCCCUGGCCACACUAGGGCCUGAGGAGUUGUCCACGUACUGUCCCCUCCCGCUGUGUUGUGGGUGGGCUGCUUCCGGUCACUAAGACCUGGUCCCAGUGACUGCCAUCCCGACAGCUGCUCAGCCUGAGGAGCAGAGAUUGCCCUGGGUGGGUUGUGGGGCUGUCAGCAGACGGCAGGCCCCUGGCCCCUGCACUGUAUGGACAGGCAGUCGUCACAUCCAGGAGCAUGAGUUGCCUGGACAGUGUUGGCUCCCAGACCCAGCAAGGGGCCCUCCUUGCUGCUGAGGAGAUUGUCUGCGACUGGCCUUGGGCCCAGCUGGAAGGGACACCUUGGCAGCCCAAACCUGUUCACCAGCCUGGGGAGGGAGGGGCUGGGCCCCUGAUGCCGGAGCUGCAUCUUACGGCUGCUCUCAAAGGACCCUCUGGGGUAUGGGAAAGGUGGGGACUAAAGGGCAGGAGAUGCCCCGUGACUGCCCUGUGCUUUCCCCUUUGUGCUCUGUGUGUGUCUGGGCUGUGCCCGGGGGGGUUCACAAAUAAAGUCAUGUGUGGCAGCA